AUGAAAUUUAGGUUGCUAUUGCUGUCGGCAUUGCUGCUAUCAGCUGAAUCAAAGCAUAUCACGACCAAGGUGGCCAUUUUGGGCGCUGGUGCUUCCGGCAUUUCAGCUGCUAAAUUAUUGUCCAAGGCGGGGAUGCACGACUACAUUAUCGUGGAUGCGCAAUCCUUCAUUGGAGGCAGAGUGCAGCAUGAAGCGUUUGGCAAUAGCUAUGUAGAAUUGGGUGCCAAUUGGAUCUACGGCAAAGGCGAUAAUCCCAUCCAUAGAAUGGCCAUGCAGCAUGGACUAAAGACGACACCCAACGACAAGAACAAUGUUGCUUAUUUCGAUGAUUCUGGGCUGCUAAAAGAUCAACAAGAGGGGAUCAACGUCAGCAAUGAAUUUGAAUCAGUCAAAGUCAAGCUUGUAGAUUAUGCAGACAAAAGAAUGAAGCGUCAACAAGUGGACCUAUCAAGUAGAUCAGCUCUGAGUCUACUAGGAUGGAAGCCUAACACGCCACUGAAGGCAGCUGUAGAGUACUUUAACAUUGAUUGGGAGUUUUCUGAGCCAGCUGAAAUGUGCUCACUUGAUUAUGCUACUGGCACCGUCGAUUCAGUUACAGGCACUUACCCAUUUGGCAAUGAAUUUGUAGUCGAUGAAAGAGGAUUUAAUUACGUCUUGAAGAAGGAGCUUGCGACAUUUCUACACACGGAUGACGCCCGUCUCAUGCUCAACACGUUAGUUACAGAGGUCAUUUACAAUGACCAAAAUGUGACAGUAAUCACUUCAAAUGGACAUGUCAUUGAGGCCGAAUAUGCAAUAUGCACAUUUUCACUAGGCGUAUUGCAAAGUGAUUUGGUCCGGUUCACGCCCAUGUUCCCUGAAUGGAAGAGAGAAUCUCUGCUCAGUUUCCACAUGACGACCUAUACAAAGAUAUUCCUUCGUUUCAAGAAAAGGUUCUGGGGAGAUUGGCAGUUUGCCCUGUAUGCCAAUAACGUGACACAGCAUGGUGGAUACUACACGGUAUGGCAAAAUCUAAAUGCACCAGGCUAUCUCUUCAAACCAGCUGCUACAGGAGAUAACAUCUUGAUGGUAACCACGACAGAUACGGAAUCUCAGAGAAUAGAGCGAAUGACAAACACCCAAGUGCAACAUGAGAUUAUGCUUGUGCUCCAAAAGAUGUUCCCCUCUGUCCAGGUUGAACCACCUAUCGACAUCUUGAUCCCACGCUGGCAUCAGCACCCUCUCUUUCGAGGUUCUUAUUCAAACUGGCCUAUUGGUGCGCUCAAGAAGCAUCACCUGAACAUGCGAGCACCAUUGGAGAAUAGAUUAUGGUUUGCAGGGGAGGCUACAUCCAGUGCUACCUAUGGCUUUGUGCACUCGGCUUGGCUGGAAGGAGAGUCAGUUGCAAAGAGUAUACUGCAGUGCAUCACAACUCAUUGUCCUGUGUAUGAAAAACAUGAAUACAUUACAGGCUGCGAUGUCAAUGUGAGAGAGAAGCCUCGAUUUUUUGGCCAGUUUUCGCAUUAG